AGAAAAUAAACAUGGCGUCUAAUUCAUUAUUGUGAAUGUGUCAGUGUCGUCAAGAAUAAUUGCUUCUUUGUUUAUUUUAUUUUUUAUUUUGUUUCUUAUUUAUAUCUUAUUCGUUCGUAUUUAUUUGUUGAGACUUAUGUUUUGAGUGCUAAUCAUUUCAUUUCUAAUAUGGGUACGAGCACCAUGGGCAGCGAUCUUCAUUCCGACAAGCAGGACAAGCUCCUGAAGCUGCAAGCCAGGAAGAAAGAGCUGGAACAGAUGCUCUCUUCCAAGAACGAGGAGCUGUACAAGCUGUGCGUGCAGGAAGUGCAGCUGACCGGAGUCAUGCCGCCCGAAGCGCCCCUGAGCCCCGACGCGCCGCGCACGCGCCUGCCCAGCGUGCGCAGCGACGGCGCCGACGAGCGGGACGGCGCCGACGGCUCGGCCCGGCGCCUGCGUGCGCCCGACGCCGAGCCGGGCUCGCGCCGCCACCCGGGCCACCGCCUGUCUACGCCCGCCGCCGCGGGCACCCGGGUGCUGCGCCGCCCCGACACCAGCUGCUCAAACUUCUUCCCGUCGCCGCCGCACGAGCGCAGCGCCGACACCUUCUCUAUGCACGCUUCGCACACCUACCCCGCGCUGGCCCCGCUGCCGCCAGAGGGCGCGCGCGAGUCCCCGCACCGCCCCCACGCGCUCACCGAGUACUCUAACAAGAUCUACUAUAACUCCCCCACCGAGCCCUACGGCGCUACCCGCCUCCGCGAGACACACUUCAGCUCCAGCCACCCCGACAUCACCGCGCACUAUGCGCACGGCCCCGCACCGCCGCCCGCGCCGCCGUCCGGUGCCGCGCGCCACACGCCCCUUCUUUACCAGUACGCGUCGCACUUGAAGGCCCAAAGCCAGCACCUGGGCGGGUUGAACCACCACCAUCAGAUGCAAGUGCACUCCAAGCGCAGAACGGAUGGUGUUCGUAGGAACACACUGCAGCGCACUCAGACUUACCACCUCACCUCCCACAGCGAGUACAGCCAGCACCUGGACAAUAUCCUGCCGCACUACCAGCACCGGUCGCAGCCCGACAUACAGGAGCAGCCCCCGGAGCGCCGGCUCGUGGAGAGGAGCAUCCCCGUGCCGAACACGCUGCCACUGCGCGAGCGCGCCUCGCGACUCCCGCUGCACAUGCAGCUACAGGUGUCUACGGACGAGCUCGCGGACGAGCGCCGCGCGCCUCACGAAGCGCUCAGCCCUCUCAGCCACUUGUCUGGCUACUCCCAGAGCAACUAUGACUCGGUGAGCAUGAGCAAGUUUUCUCCAUUAUCGCAAAUGGAUGGCAAGGUAAAGGAGAAGCAUUGGUAUGAGACGUCGCUGGACUCUCCCAGCAGGAGUGAGGGGCCUGCGCUGAGAAAGAGUGCCAGCUUGAAGCGCACACCCAGCAUAGGUAACUCUCAAACAUAUGAAAUAAUGAUCUCUUCGGGACGUCACUCGGCCCUGCAGAGCCCUGGUGCCGCGCACAGCCCGCCCGUGCUGUCGCCCGGUGCUGUUUCGCUGGAGUCGCCCCAGAAUAUGACUGUCAUAGAGCAGGGUAAGUGUAUCCCAUACCGAGAGGAGACUAAGCCAUUUGAGAUGUCAGACUUCUAUAAAUACUCCACUAAGUUCCGGCAGGCCAAUGCUCCCAAGCCAGUGGCAGCCCUGUCCGCUCACCACUCUAACACUGUGUACAACAAAAUGCCCCUAGAGUUGCCCCCGUUCAACCACGACCAGUGGCAUGGAUACAGUAACUGAAAUCAAAAUAAUUUUCUUUUUUACAUAAUAUACACAACCUCUCCUUACCAAUAAAAUAAUGGUAAAUUGCAGUUAAGCACAUCAUAGAAAGGUUAAAAUAAUGCAAGUGACCUGGCUUGGCUUAAACAAUUGCCUGCUUUUUAUUGGCAAUAUUAUUUCUUUGAAGUUUUCCUUAGUCCUAAUUAGUAUUUAAAAGAAAAGAUGGCAGGAUCUCUACAAUAUUCUAUUAUGUAUAUUUUAGUUUGAUUUGAGUUCCUUGUGUGGGACAGUAGACAAACUAUGGGAAACCAUAUACCUAAAUAUGUAUUAAAAUAAUAUAAUUAGUACAGUGUAAGUAUGUACAAUACUUAGACUGUACUAAUUAUAUAUAACACAAUCAGGGCCAUAUUAAAAUAUUUAUAAAGAUGGUAAUUUAUAAAA